GUGGCACGUGUAUCGCAGGCAUCGAGCGGUUCGUCGCGUCGCCUGCUUUUUAAAAGUUUCAAUCAACGCGAAUCGAACUAAAUAAUCUGACAUCCCGCAAAUAUUUGUUUCCUCUCGGGCGGAAGUUGCAUAAUCGUAAAUAAAAAAUUGAUGAAAAAAUAAUUUCAGUUUUUCGAGGUGUUCAACAUUUUCGUGCAUCACGGAUAAUACUUGUACACUAGUUGCAUUCUUCGAAUGUUUUUUGACAUUUGGAUAACGCAAGGGACUGAAUAUAAUGCGGUGAACGACGCAGAAUUAAAAUUAAGUUGUCCGUGAAUAGCGUGUGUUACGUCAUCGGAAAUAGUGAAAUUUAUAUCGACAAUUUGAGACAUUGAAGUAGACAAGAAAAAUGAAGCUCGAGGGAAAUAGUUCGAGGGACGACGAUGCCAAUGGAAUUCUCCUGCAGCCGAGGAAGGGCUCGGUGGUGAGAGUUCAGAUUGUUCCUGUUCAACCCAAGACCAUUACACAUUUGCCGAAGAGACCGCCUGUGGAUCUUGCAUUCACAGAUCUGACUUACACUGUUCGAGAAGGCCGAAAAGGAAAUGUAAAAUCAAUUCUAAAAUCAGUGAGUGGUAGACUGAGGGCCAGCGAGCUGACAGCCAUCAUGGGACCGUCUGGCGCUGGCAAGUCGACGCUCCUGAACAUCCUCACUGGAUACAAAACAACUGGCAUGGCUGGCAGCAUCACAAUGAAUGGGCACGAGCGGGAUCUGAGUACCUUCAGAAAGCUCUCGGCCUACAUCAUGCAGGAUAAUCAGCUCCACGGAAAUCUAACGGUCGACGAGGCCAUGAAAGUGGCAGCCAGUCUCAAGUUGAGCAGUAAAGUGCCUAAAGCUGAGAAGGAAGAAGUUAUUCAAGAAAUUCUCGAGACCCUCGGUCUUGCCGAGCACCGACGCACAAUGACCUCAAAUCUAUCUGGAGGUCAGAAAAAACGUCUCUCCAUAGCCCUGGAGCUGGUCAACAACCCUCCAAUAAUGUUCUUCGACGAGCCCACAAGCGGAUUGGACUCCUCCUCGUGCUUCCAAUGCAUUUCUCUCCUGAAAACAUUGGCAAGAGGUGGAAGGACGAUAAUUUGCACUAUUCAUCAGCCCAGUGCUCGACUAUUCGAGAUGUUCGAUUCUUUGUACACACUUGCGGAGGGUCAGUGUGUCUACCAGGGCUCCACAACGCAAUUGGUGCCAUUCUUGAGGUACCAGGGACUCAAUUGUCCGAGUUAUCACAAUCCCGCAUCGUUUAUUAUCGAGGUCUCGUGUGGCGAAUACGGUGACAACAUCUCCAACUUGGUGUCAGCCAUAAAGAAUGGAAAACACGAUAUCCGCGAAGGCUAUCCAUUCCCAGAGUCGAAGGCAGAGAACUUGAAUAAUGCCAUUCAAGUGGUUAAUGGACUCUCUAAGGAUGCCGAGGCUAUUGGGGCGCAAGAAGUCCUUACGGAUAAAAAUGAUGUUAGCAAUAUUAAGGAGAAGUACUCGGACAAGACGACCAAUGAGAAUAUCAAUAACGGAGCUAUUAUCCAUGGCUUUGCUACCAAUGAUAUUGCUAAACACAAUGAAAUAGUGAUACCAAUAGAGGAAAAAAAAGACAAUAUCGAUGCAAGUGUUGGACUGUUGGACGAGGAUGCAGUGAGGCAACCAGAGAGGUAUCCAACGUCAGAGUGGACCCAAUUCUGGGUGGUUUUGAAGAGAACGUUACUCUUCAGUCGACGUGACUGGACUCUCAUGUAUCUUCGACUGUUUGCCCACGUCCUCGUGGGCUUCCUGAUCGGUGCACUUUAUUACGACAUUGGGAACGACGGUGGCAAGGUCCUGAGUAAUCUUGGGUUCCUCUUCUUCAAUAUGUUAUUCCUCAUGUACACCUCGAUGACGAUAACAAUUCUAUCCUUCCCACUGGAAAUGCCUGUACUGAUGAAGGAAAAUUUCAAUCGAUGGUAUUCCCUUAAAUCGUAUUAUUUGGCUAUAACUGUCUCGGAUCUUCCGUUCCAGGCAAUCUUCUGCAUAAUGUACUUGGUAAUCGUCUACUUCCUGACGAGUCAACCCCUGGAGCUGGCGAGAUUCUCGAUGUUCCUGGGUGCCUGCCUCCUGAUCUCGUUCGUCGCCCAGUCAGUGGGUCUGGUGGUGGGUGCAGCCAUGAACGUUCAGAACGGAGUAUUCCUGGCUCCAGUGAUGUCAGUUCCCUUCCUCCUCUUCUCCGGGUUCUUCGUGAGCUUCGACUCGAUUCCAGUGUACCUCAGAUGGAUAACUUACCUCAGUUACAUCAGAUAUGGCUUCGAGGGCACAGCCCUAGCCACUUAUGCCUUCGAUCGUCCAAAAUUGAAGUGUCACCAGCCCUAUUGUCACUUCAAAAAUCCCACAACGACGCUUGAAGAGCUGGACAUGUUGAACGCUGAUUUUACCCUCGAUAUCCUGGCCCUCAUCCUUAUCUUCGUUGUCCUGAGAGUCGCGGCCUACAUGUUCCUACGGUGGAAACUUAAAUCCGCUCGAUAAUCCCUUUUCCCAACAUUGAAUAACAUUGAACAAAUUAGAGCUUAAUUAAUGCUUAAUUUUUUUAUCAAGAUUUUGAUCAAGAAAAUCUUAGAAUGGAUGCACUGAGGGAAAACUAAACAAUGUUUUUGAACAAGUUUUGUAUGCAGAAAAAAAUCGCAUGUGGAUGGUUUCCAGGAGGGAAAUCGUUUCAAUUCACGCCCGAAAAAAAUUUGUAGAAAAACCUAACGAAUUCGAUAGAAAUUUCCAUGGGAUUUCCAUGGAAAAUAAAACAUUAUUCUGGAGCUAUUAUUAUUAAACAAACAAUAAUAGUUUAAUAUUAUUAUUAAAUUAUUAUUUGUAAUUGUUUUUGACUGAUUCUAUAGAAAAAUUCACCGCUUUACUGUCUAUUUUUUUAUAGAAAAUGUCCAAUAGCAACUGUUUUAUGGAAAACAUAAAUAGAAUUUCAUUUUUCUAUAGCUUUCUUAUUGAGAAAUUUUCUAUAGGAAUUUCUCGACGGGAAUUUUCCAA